GAAGGCCACGCCUCCUCCUCUCUCUGCCUCCACCUUCUCCUUAUCCCUUCAGCCUGGAAGCUGGAGUUAGGAGACACGAACACGAGAGAAGACGGGGGACUGGGGUGUUUCCUUGAGCAAUCUUUACUCCCUGGAGGAGGGGGCGUCAACUACAGCCCGCCGCACAGAACGGGGAGACGGCUAAGAGGAGCCUGACUGCGUUUGACACCGGGGUAAGACGAUGAAGUAACAGAGAUGCUUCCCUUUGUGAUAGCCACCCUGGGUACAGCAGGGGCCCCCUGCAAAUCCUCUAACUGCAACAACAGCACCAAGGAUUACUGCUACAGUGCCCGUAUUCGCAGCACUGUGCUUCAAGGGUUGCCCUUCGGAGGGGUGCCUACAGUCCUGGCCCUUGAUUUUAUGUGCUUUCUUGCACUGCUGUUUGUUUUUUCCAUUUUACGCAAAGUGGCCUGGGACUAUGGGCGGCUGGCUCUGGUGACUGAUGCUGACAGGCAACGACGCUGGCAGUUGGAACAAGAGGAACGGGAAUAUGUGGCAUCUGCCCUGCAUUCUGACAGCCAUGAUCGUUAUGAACGCCUCACCUCCGUCUCCAGCUCUGUUGACUUCGACCAAAGAGACAAUGGCUUCUGUUCCUGGUUAACAGCAAUCUUCAGGAUAAAAGACGACGAGAUCCGGGAUAAGUGUGGGGGUGAUGCAGUCCAUUACCUCUCCUUUCAGCGGCACAUCAUAGGACUGCUAGUUGCUGUAGGUGUCCUCUCUGUGGGCAUUGUACUGCCAGUGAACUUCUCAGGGGAUCUGCUAGUUCCAGAACACUCUUGUCCAAUCCAUGGAAAGGAAUGCCAAGAGAACAACCCCUACAGCUUUGGGAGAACAACUAUUGCUAACUUGAAUUCGGGGGAUGACCUCUUAUGGCUGCAUACCUCCUUUGCCUUCUUGUACCUGUUGCUGACUGUGUACAGCAUGCGCCGCCACACUUCCAAGAUGCGCUACAAGGAAGAUGACUUGGUGAAGCGAACUCUCUUCAUAAAUGGUAUCUCAAAGUAUGCUGAGCCUGAGAAGAUCAAAAAACAUUUUGAAGAGGCCUAUGCCAAUUGCACGGUGCUGGAGGCUCGCCCCUGCUAUGACGUGGCCCGGUUGAUGUUCCUCGAUGCUGAGAGGAAAAAGGCAGAGCGAGGAAAAAUCUAUUUUACCAACUUGCAGGCCAAGGAGAACACCCCAUCUAUGAUCAACCCUAAGCCUUGUGGUCAUCUUUGCUGUUGUACUAUCAAAGGCUGUGAAGAGGUGGAAGCCAUUGAGUACUACACCAAACUGGAGGAAAAGCUCAAGGAGGACUACAAGAAGGAAAAGGAGAAGGUGAACGAAAAGCCAUUGGGGAUGGCCUUUGUCACUUUCCACAAUGAGGCCAUUACAGCCAUAAUCCUUAAAGAUUUCAACGUGUGCAAAUGCCAAGGUUGCACGUGCCGUGGGGAACCGAGAGUGUCUUCCUGCAGCGAGUCCCUCCAUGUCUCAAACUGGACAGUCUCAUAUGCUCCUGACCCUCAGAACAUUUAUUGGGAGCAUCUAUCCAUCCGUGGCUUCAUCUGGUGGUUCCGCUGCCUCAUCAUCAAUGUGGUGCUCUUCAUCCUGCUCUUCUUCCUCACCACUCCUGCCAUCAUCAUCACCACUAUGGACAAGUUCAAUGUCACAAAGCCUGUGGAGUACCUGAAUAAUCCCAUCAUCACCCAGUUCUUCCCUACCCUGCUGCUGUGGUGCUUCUCUGCUCUGCUUCCCACAAUUGUGUAUUAUUCAGCAUUCUUUGAAGCCCACUGGACCAGGUCUGGAGAGAAUAGGACAACUAUGCACAAAUGUUACACCUUCCUCAUCUUCAUGGUCUUGCUGCUACCAUCUCUGGGAUUGAGCAGUCUGGAUGUGUUUUUCCGCUGGCUGUUUGACAAAAAAUUCCUGGCUGAAGCUACAGUGAGAUUUGAGUGCGUAUUCUUGCCAGACAAUGGGGCCUUUUUUGUGAACUAUGUCAUUGCUUCUGCAUUUAUUGGAAAUGCCAUGGAUUUGCUACGCAUCCCCGGCCUGCUAAUGUACAUGAUUCGGCUCUGCCUGGCCCGCUCAGCUGCUGAACGCAGGAAUGUCAAACGGCAUCAGGCCUAUGAAUUCCAGUUUGGGGCUGCUUAUGCCUGGAUGAUGUGCGUCUUCACUGUCGUUAUGACUUACAGUAUCACCUGUCCCAUCAUUGUUCCAUUUGGUCUGAUGUACAUGCUACUGAAGCACCUGGUGGACAGGUACAACCUGUAUUAUGCUUACCUGCCAGCCAAGCUGGACAAGAAGAUCCAUUCAGGGGCUGUGAACCAGGUGGUGGCAGCCCCUAUCCUCUGCCUCUUUUGGCUCCUUUUCUUCUCUACUGUGCGCACAGGGUUUCUGGCUUUUACAUCCAUGUUCACCUUUGUGGUUCUCGUCAUCACCAUAGUGAUCUGCUUGUGUCACGUCUGCUUUGGACACUUCAAAUACCUCAGUGCUCACAAUUACAAGAUUGAUCACACGGAGGCAGAUGCUGUGGAUGGAAGGGAAAACGGACGACCAGCUGCCAACCCACCAGCUCCAAAAUCAGCUAAGUACAUUGCCCAAGUGCUGCAAGAUUCUUCGCCCGAGGGUGAUGUGGCUGAAUCUGAGGAACGGGGGUCCCAAGACGAGGAGCUCAUCAACCCGAACGGCAUGAACGAUACGGAUUUCCAGUCCUGCGAAGACAGCCUGAUAGAAAAUGAGAUCCACCAUUAGGGAUAUAGAAGUGUGCGAAGGAGCAGGGGAGUCUCAUGAGCUGAAGAGGUUGUUGCACACUGUGUGUAUGUGUGUGUGUGUGAGAGAGAGAGAGUGACAGAGAGAGAGGUAAUAGAACUGGAGGGAAGGGCAACUCAAGAGAGGCACCAACCACUGCUCCUUCCCACCAACCUGGCUGCUGCAUUUCUGCUCGUUCCAAGAUGGUGAAGGGACUCUUGCAUCAGUCCUUCAUUUCCUCCUGCCUUUUCAGUCACAGUUCUCUCUCUCUGUCCCCAUCCCCUCAGGAUGGAAGGGGAAUUUAUCUGACAUGCUACCUACCCUUAACAACUACUGCAAACUCUACCAGGCCAAGCUGGAGUGGAGGGCGUUGCCUUGCUUCUUGCUGCUCCCACUGUGAUGGGGAGGGGAGCAGAGGCCAGCCAGGACAACAGGAGUCUGAAUGCUUCCUAGCGGCAAGAUUCGUCUCCUCCUGGAGCACGCCCUUGACAGCUCACCCUGGUCCCAGUCUAGAAUCAUGAACACUAAUCGCUUACUAAGCUUAAAAGAGAACUGAGCUUUAAUCAAGGUUCUGGAUUUCCAAGCUAAGUGUCGAUGGCUUUGAUCCUGGCAGGGAUUGGUGGUUCCAGCCACACACAGCUGUUUUUAAUUUAUGUACAAACCUCCUACAUGGCUGUGCAUCGGCAAGCAUUCCUGCUCCAGUGCCCAAGAUGCAGCCCUGUGAUAACCUGAUGUCUUGACCAGUCCUUCCCACUCUGUCUCUCCCAGGGAAUGGUUGCCCAUGAGCAGUCUAGAGGCAGAGGUGUUGUACAAAAAGGGGCUGCCUCUGCGUGCCCUACGCAAUGGAAGCCGCAACUGGAUUCUGCUGCCCAGUGUCAGAGACUCGCCAGUGAGCAACUGCAAAAGGCAAAAACGUUUAUGGUGGCAAAGAGGACCCUUGCAGGGCAAGGGGGUGAACAGGGAAAAGGCAGGAAUGAUUGCCCCAACCAGACUAACACUACUUCUUGUCAGCCUCCCACCCCCGCCAUUCCUGAACAAACUAUAGUGGCCCAUGUUAAGAAAUGCCCUGGGUCUUGAUCCUGGGACACAAUGAUUUGGGCUACUCAGCAUUUUUGCACAUUUUUGUUUUACCUUAAGCUGACUAAAACCCAAAUGUUCUCCUGCCCCAUCCCCCAGUUGUAGGGAAGAGAAGGGUUGGUUUGCUGAAGAGGGAGAGAUUGCUGGAUCCUAGGUGCUGUCCAGCCUUCUGACUCCCCCACAUUCACCUCAGGGUCUUGCACAAGGCCUCCUGAAGGUCCACUUCUUGGCAGCUCCUCUCUGUUUUACCAGCCCCUUUGCCUUGCAUGCGACUCCAAGGAAUUGCCUUCCAACUCCAGGCGUCGCAGUCUCGUGAGCUUUGGUCUUCAAGAGAUGCUAAGCCUCCAUCCAAACAUUGUCUGCAUUGCUUGCACAGAAGGCUGGGAUUGCCCAGAGUUCAACCCAUAGGGCUCUUAGCUUCUCCUUCAGUGGGGGGAAAUCUUAGCUUCUUUAAGAUCGGCAUGAACCAAAGGUUGUCAUAGAAUCAUCUUCUAUAGGCACUUUAAUGAGAAAGGGCAGGGCUGGGGCUGUGGGCUUUGAUGUGCAUGACCCACCCUUUGGGGUGGCUUGGGGAGGGAAGAUGUGGAACAGCCCCAGUUUCCUUUUUCUUUUCUGGUGAGAUGUGUCUUUUUCUGGGCUGUGCAAGGUCAAGUGACUGAGGUGAGCUGGUUCUCUGUUUUGAGAUUAAUCCCUUCUCCAAACUACCGCUGCUACCUCCCACUCUCCAUCAUGAGAAAUGUAAAGGAGGACGUAAAUCCUGCUGUUCAGCUGUUUUUAAUUUUUGCUUUCCCUUCCUUUCUUCUAUUUCCUGUCUACCACAAGCAGCCUUUGAGAGUUUAUGCCAGUGUUAGGAGGAAGCAGAGACUGUAAUGAUGCUCCCCACAGUCACAUACACAUGCCUCCAAAUGGGAGACCAGUGGUCCAGAGGGUUUUGUAGAGGUUAACAAACCAAGAUUUCUACCACUGGACAGGGCUGUACAGGGAGGAACAUUUUUGCUUCCCCAACAUCGUCAAAGCAGGAAGCUGAAGCACUGGAAGCAGAGGAGACUCAAUCAAGGUUGCAGAAGUCAGGCCUAAACCCAAGAAGGCCUUGCUUGAAGCUUCUUGACCAGGAUUCCCAGCAAAAUGGGAGGAGGAGGAGGAGCUGGACUUCAUACUCCCUUCCAGGAAGGGAGGAGUGGGAGUUAAAGGAGCCCAAUUCACCCUUGGAAAAUGGGCCACAUUUUGUGGUGGAUUUUCUUUUAUGGUGUUUUCUGGGGGACGAGGUGGCAGAGGCAAAUCUGUGUUUAGAGCAUCCCUCGUUCUCCCCCCCACUUAACCCACACUACAGCUGAAAUGCACAGAGGUUUUAUUUUGUUUGUUUGUUCCAGGAUGUCUCUCUGAUACUGUCUAGAAAUAGUCUGUGUCCCAUGCCAGGGAUUCCUGUCUGUGCCCGUACUGGUCCCUUGGCACCAUAUCCCUAAGCCCAGCCAUCACUGCCCCAUCUGCAGCAGCCCCACCACCUCAGCCUGCCCUCGAUGCAGCAAGAGCUGACUGGAAUGGCUCUGAUCUCUCUGUACAUACAGCUGCAGCGGAGGGUGGGCCUAUGCUGGUGGUUAAUGGAUGUGUUGGGUGUGGACCAUUGGUGCUCCCUUGCAGGGAGCUGUGUUCUAACUGGCACUUUGUCUGUGUAGAGAUGUGUAUAAUACCCUGUAUAUAUUUGUGUAAAAAAGCAAAAAAAGAACUUAUCAUA